AGAAGUUUGAAGUUUGUCAAAUGGUCAACCAAUCAGGGAAAGAUACGACAGUAGAAAGAUCUAGAAGUAUUUUUGUACACCGUUUGAAAAGGAUGACGUGUUUCAUUAUCCUUGGUCCAAAGCUAACUUAAUACCUUUGUUAAUACGCAUAUUUCAUGCCACGUAUAUUUUAGUGUCAGUAAUAAAGUGAAGGCGAUAGUUACGAUUUUACGAAAAGUGUAACGCGAAUUUUUAUUCGAAAAAGAAGAAAUAUCAUUGAAGUGUCUCCAGACGUGAAAAAGUUGAAUAUCAAAAUAAAUAGUUCAUAAUGGCAGCUGCAUCUGUGCAGACAUUUCUAAAUUCUUUUGAUGCAAAACUAGAACAACCUGUAAGAGCUCACCUUAAAAAUGUAUAUGCGUGUUUGGCAAUGUCUACAAUGGCUGCUGCUGUUGGAGCAUCAGUUCACCUUUUCACUAACAUACUGCAAGCUGGAUUCAUAUCCGCAAUAGGAGCUUUGGUUUGUUUCUACCUUUUGAUGAGUACACCUGAUGAUAAUGGCAAAGCAAUGACCAAAAGAGUAGGAUAUCUCUUAGGAUUCAGCGGACUCACUGGUGUCGGCAUGGGGCCACUUCUAGAACACGUCAUACUUGUGAAUCCCACAAUAAUUGUUACAGCUUUCUUUGCAACAUCUGCAGUAUUCGUCUGUUUUUCUAUAUGUGCAAUGUUAUCGGAAAGAGGAAAAUGGUUGUACCUCGGCGGUACUCUGAUGUCCAUGCUGACAGCUUUGAUGGUCCUUUCAUUUGCAAACCUAUUUUUUGGUGCUGUUUGGAUUUACCAGACACAGUUAUAUCUGGGACUUCUGGCCAUGUGUGGAUUCGUCUUGUUUGACACACAAAUGAUUAUUGAGAAACGUAGAGCAGGAAGUAGAGACUUCGUAGCACAUUCUUUAGAUCUGUUUGUGGAUUUCAUUGGAAUUUUCAGAAGACUGUUGAUCAUUUUGACCCAGAAGGAACAGGACUCGCGCAAGAAACGCAGAGACUGAGAAUGACUGAACAUCGGGGGUAAAAAGGAAUUUGGGAAGGGUGAAUGAGUUUUUUUGGUGAAGUGAUUCAGAAUAAAUAUUUUCCUCUAUAUAGAGUGCUAAUAAAUGAUUAUGUGAUUUUAAUUUUUUUUUAUUACUUCAAUAUUCUGUAGACUGUAUAAAUUUAGAAUGUGUUCUAGUUAUUUAAAAUAAAUACUUAUUUUUGUUAAA